AUGUUUUGGAAAAAGGUUUUCGUGAAUCCGAAACGCAAUAAUUACGUCGCGCUUACCGCCGCCGCGGCCCAAAAUUCGGGAUUCGCGCCGACAUCGUCGCCGUGUCGUACUCGUCGUCCGUUUCGCCUCGACCGCCGGGAGAUGGAUUCGAAGAACCUGAAGGACCUACCGCUGUUCGCCGUUGUUGGGUGCACGGGCACGGGGAAAACGAAACUCGGUGUGAGACUAGCCCUGGAGCUGGGAGGCGAAGUCGUGUCGGCCGAUUCCAUCCAAGUGAGUACCUAG